UUAAGGAUGUAGGAAUUAUGUGUGAGCCCUGUGGUGGCAAAGGAUGGUUAGUUUGUGAUUUUUGUAACGGUCAGAAGACAAACGUGAAGGCUGAAAACAAACGGAUUUAUCGCCGUUGUCCGUCUUGCAGAGCUAGAAAUGGAAAAGCCGAAAACGCCAGAAACAGCAGCAACACUUGAGUCGAAAGAAAAAGGCCCCCAAAAAAUGAGAAAACCCCCAACACCUGAAGAGUUGAUAUCCUACUACGAAUCCCAAGGCAUGGACUCCAAGGCAGCAUCUAUCAAGGUCAUCCAAGACCUGCAGGGGAUCCUCCUCAGGGCAAUCGGGUCUAACGCCAGAGGUAAAACGGCCAAUCCCAUGGCCGAGAUGUCACGGAAGCUCGACACCGUCAACACCCGCCUCGCCAUUCUGGAGAUGAAGUUGGAUACCAAGCCCGGCUAUUUGGAUUCUCUGACGAUUGGUGUCGCUGCCGGAGCCACGCUUAAAGGGAUUGGGAGCGUUUUUCCUCAUGUCGUUGGCGCCUUUGGCCAGAUUUGGAAUGCUGUUAGGAGUAGCAGCAAUGCAAGGCCUUGAAAUCUCUCUCUUUCUCUCUCAGCUUUGCAGCUUUGUGAGUGAGGAAGAAAAGAAAGAAAGAAAAAACUAUUUUCCUUA